AUGUCGGAAUUAUUUGAGGAUCAUUAUUGUCGAAAAUUCAAGAAUGGUUUGAUCUUGACAAUUUUUACAAUUUUGUUUAACGUUAGUUUAGCAAAAAAUGUACAUAGCUUAGAUGAUUCUGUGCUCACUAAUCGAGUAUCAGAUAAUCAAUACACAUCUUCUCAAUAUGCAAUAGAACGUUUACAAACCGCCGCAAAGAUUCUUAAAAAUCAAAAUCCAAAUGUUAAGCCAUGUGACAAUUUUUAUGAAUUUACGUGUGGUAAUUAUGAUAAUAAGUAUAAAAGAAACCUCAAAUCAAUAAAUCGAUUUAUGAAUCCAUCGAGAUAUACACAUUUGUUCAUAAAUCGUCAAAUAAAUAAUUUAAUAAUGAAUUCAAAUAAAGUCAAUAAUAAAUCAAAAUCUGCUGAGUUAAUUGGAAAUUUAUACAACAGUUGUAUUAAUGAAAGUAUGAUUACUUUUAUUUAUCAGUUAAUAGUAAUAUUUCUUAGAUUCAUAGAUAUGAACUAA